CGACCGGUAGGUUUUGCUUGACGCACUCGGUCUCAGCCUCAACAUUUGAAAUGGCCGUUACACUUCACACCGAUGUAGGAGAUUUAAAAAUUGAAUUGUUCUGUGAGCGCGCGCCGAGAGCAUGUGAGAACUUUCUUGCUUUGUGUGCCAGCGGGUUCUACAGCGGUUCCGUCUUCCACCGGAAUAUUAAAGGGUUUAUGGUUCAGACUGGAGACCCCACAGGAACAGGCAAAGGUGGAACAAGCAUCUGGGGCCGCAAAUUUGAAGACGAGUUCAGCGAACACCUAAAACAUAACGUAAGAGGAGUGGUCUCAAUGGCGAACAAUGGCCCCAACACCAAUGGCUCCCAGUUCUUCUUCACAUACGCAAAACAACCCCACCUAGACAUGAAGUACACAGUCUUUGGAAAGAUAAUCGACGGCUUGGAAACGCUGGAUGAACUGGAGAAGCUGCCUGUGAAUGAAAAGACAUUCCGACCGCUGACUGAAACACGGAUAAAGGACGUGACCAUGCAUGCCAACCCUUUUGCUGGAUAAUUGACUAUAUCAGUGAGGUGGAUAAGGUGUCUAUUAGUCCAAACCAGUGAACACAGAGUGUGACUCCAGGCCAAUACUAAAAACGAUCCUGUUUUUUUUUUUGUUAAAAUGAAUGAAAAGGUGUUCAUCUGAGCGUUAAAUCAUAGAAGCACGAAAAGGGAUCGUGGGUCAUUAAUGUCAUAACAUCACAGACUUUUUUUACAUUGUGAUAAAUGUAUUGUUGAAUAAAGGAUGUUUUGAUUUAAAGAAAUGCAUAUUAAACAUUUUUUAAGAUGC